UUCGGGUGAUGGUGAGCCUCCCCGGUUCCGUAUCGUGUUCCGCAGCAUUGCGAGCUCUGUCAGUUUUCAUAUUUUCGCGAGUGAGCGAAGGUCGUUGGAGGCCGUUCGGAGUUCUCUACGCCGUCAGCUAUUUCCGUAGCCUUCCGUCCGUAUAGUCAGUCUGAAGGAGAGUCGGGCGAGCAGUAGAAGAAGCAGAAAAAAGCAACAUUCUGCUGUCCUAUCCAUCCAAGCACAGGCAGUUUGAGGGGGACGCUUCCAGUUAAAGUAGUGAUUGCAAAUCGCAGUGCGGGUGAGCUUCUUCGGGGUGCGAAAAUUUAGUGCAAAAGUUCGCGACGGUUCAAUUUAUGAGUGAAAAGUGCAUUCCGACGGGAAGGUGAAAGGUUUUCAGCAGUGCUGCAAUUGAUAAAACGCCGCAGGAUCCCGAGAGCAGCAGCAAGAGCAAACAUUUAUGUAAGGAUACAGCCCGGUGGAGGAUGUGAGACGAGUUCUGUUCUGGGCAGAACAUCUGCAGUGUGGUCAAUUUUGCCAGAGGAGAGAAGAAAAAACAGUGCACAAUUACUACAGAGCCUCAGUUCCGGCCGAAUUCACUGCGUGGAUGUGAAUUUUUCAGCAAGAUAAACCAAGGCAUCGUUUUCAAAUCGAUUCCAUAGGAAUCAUCUAUAGAGGCACUAGCCAGUGGCAUCAAAUGUCCAUUUUCCAAUCAAUAAAAUGUCCAUUGAUUAAUUAUACUGAAAGUACCGCAAAAAUCAAUUAUCUCCAUCAUUGAAUUGAUGUGGAAGCACCAUCUGGCGCAGUGCAACGAGCUUCCAUUCUACAUUCAGUAUUAGUCGGGAAUAAAAAAAAGUAUCGCAAAAGUAAUCGCCCAAAGUGUCAGUUAAAGUGUUGAUCUUCCUGCAUGUUUUAUCGGUCUGUUUGGCUAAAAGUAGCAGUGGUGCGGGGUUCCAGUGCAAUUCAGUUUUCAAUAUAAUCGGUAGCAUCGCUACAGAAGAGCAAUCCACGGAGCUAGAAUAUAUGUGUUCAAGCGAUAAAUUUCACGGGAAUAGUGUUGCCAAUGGAGGCGAAGCACUGAGUCGUUAAAGUUUAUUGUGUCCAUCAGUAUAGUCAUUGAAUUUUGUUUGUGGAAGAGAAAAAAAGUGAGCUCAUCUGAGUGAAAUAAGUGAUAAACAGCAGCAUAACACAGAAUGCCAUUUGGUCGCAAAUCACCUCUGGAGGCACUGGCCAUGCCAGGCGCCAUCAUCGCCUACAAGUACAGCCAGUAUCGUCAGCGCCGCCGUGAGGCUGCUAACCGAAGAGUCACCGAGCGGGAACUCACAGCAUUGCAUAAUAAAAUUGAAAAAUUGCUCAGCAAAUUGGAGGAAAGCGAGCUGGAGCCACCUACAUCGCAGGAAGAUGAAUGCGUCAUCUGCAUCAAUGCACGCGCCACGAUGCAAACGUCGCCCUGUGGCCAUCGGGUCGUCUGCCGGCGGUGCUUCGUCAAAACGAUCCAGAGCGCGGUGGCUCAGCGGUUGCUGCCGUUGCGAUGCGUCAUCUGUCGAGCUCGCAUCAACCGGCUGACAUCCGGGUCCACAUCGUGGCGUCUCCAAGGCUCCGCCAGCAGCUACUCCAUGGGCAGCAAAAGUUGGAGCGUUCCCGGUUCGGCCAGCUCGUACAGUGUGGAUGCUGCCCGGGUAACUCAGUCGGCCAGCCUGUACUCGAUGAGUUCCGGGUCGUCCUGUAUGUCGGGCAUUUCGAACAUUUCCAGCUGCUCGGGAACGUCCGGCACUUCCGGUAUGUCUUCCUCGUCGUCAACCAGCGGAACCGGCGGGGACAGUGCAUCGUCGUCGUCCUCGCAACCCCAUCAGCACCACCACCACCACAACAAGCACUGCACAAGUAGCAAUGGUUCCUGUUCCAACGGUUGUCUGGGAGCGAUCCCGCGAAAUCCUGCCUACCAGCAUCAUCACAGAAAAGGACAAUAUUACUCUAAGAAUCGCAUUCCGGAGAUGCCAAAUCGUUUACCGCCCAUAAUCGAAUUUAAAAGCCCGGUCAGACAUCGGACGCCUUCCCCUGCCAAUCCGGGUGCCAGAUUCAAAUACUACACACAGCCCGGCAAACCAUCCAACCCGGUAGUGGAAUCGAUACCUCUGCUGAACAUCGAGAAGAGCUCCAAACCCGGCCCGACCAAACUAGGACUGAACAGUAAAAUCGCUCCAACGGCUUCCAAGUCUCCAAUCAACAAAACCAACAUGGCAACCGGAAAACCAGUCACAACCUCACUGAUACAGGCCGUCAGUUCAACGCCCAAAGCACGAGUGGUUUCGGCAAGCUCGUCCGCAGCUUCCGCCAGCAGUAGUCAUUCUAAUGCCAGCAGUAGUAAAAGUAGCAAUAACAACACUAACAAUAACAAUACCGCUAGUAGUCACAACACCAAACAAGACGAAAAGUAUGACAAUAAGAAAAACGAGACGAUCGAAAAGAAGAAGAAAGAGGAAAAGUCCAAACUCAAAGCAGAAAAAGAAGCUCGGAAGGAAGAGAAACGAUUGGCCAAAGAGGAAGAAAAACUCGCCAAGAUGCUGGCGAAAGAGGAGAAAAAGCGCGGGAAAAGAGAGGCGAAAGAGGCCCUGCUGGCCAACGAGGGCGGAUGCCGCAAAUAGGACAGCCCACGCUGGAUGAACUUUUUCGCACGGAGUUAAAACUCCUUGAAACGGUUUGUCCAGCGGUCAUCGUUGUAAAUACUCUAUGUAGAUCCAAAACAGACACGCUUAUCAAGUUGAAGUAGAUCGUAGGUUGACAUUUCAAAAGUACAAGAUUAACAGCAGAAGCGUCACUCAGAGCAUUUAGGUUGUGCGUUCAUUUAGACGACUUUAGGAUUAUCAGUUUCAUCGUUUUACUUUCAAUCAUGUAACGUGAAACUGAUAACUUUGAAGAUCACCUCAGCAUCCUAAUUACGAAGAACAUAUCAAUCAUAACGGCUUCCUUUAAAACGUUUGCGUACUUCCACUCAAAGUGGUUCCAAAACUUUAUACUUAGUGAAUACUUCUUCGAAAGAAACCUAUAAACUUUAAUCAAUGUGGCCAAUUAUCCGAACACGUAAAACGAACACAAUUAUUGCCAAGCACACUGAAAGUCAACUUAUUAUAACCCCCCACUAGAAUGUCAAACCAAACAGCUUCCACGAAAACACAUACACAUACAUUUUAGAUCGAUUUUAUUUUGUAGUGUCCUAUUGAACGGGGAAGAUUACCCUUUUAUUCUCUCACUCUUACACAUUGUUAUUGUUGUUGAAAGAUUUUAAACCCAUGUCCCCUACCCACCUGAAAGUUGAUCCUAAUCAUCUCACCUGUUAUAAACAUAAGUAGGUAUUCAUCGAAACCGCCGUAAACAUACCCUAUUGAACUUUAGCUAUAAAAUUGCACUUUUGAGCAAACAAUCGGCAACGGUAGUACACCUUUCAUUACGGUUGAAACGGUUCCCAUACCAGUAACGGUUGCUCAAUGGUUAUGCACAUCAGAUGGAUGCGCCCAAAUGUAUGCUUUCGACCGCACGAUGAAAGGUUCGAACGUGUUGAGCUGUGGUGAGUAAUCUAGUGCUGCUACGUCAAGCUCACCGAUCUUCAACGAUAGAAAUACGUUUGAACGUAUGUAAACAUUAUUUAACUAUGAUUGCAAAACCUUUUAACUAACAAAGUAAAGACUUUGUUGAACCCAUAUCGAUAUUGCUAGGGCAUGGAUUUCUAAAUAUUAUCCAAUGGAAGUCUAUUUGUGAUAGCAAAUACAGCAUCUUGACUCUUGAGUUAUUCAUCCAUUUGUAUGUCGCGUCCAGUUGUUUCAACUGGCCAAUGACCUAUAGUGGGUGAUCGCCACUACCAAAUUAUUUCCGCUUAUGGCUACUAGCAAUAAACAACAGUUUCUUCUACAGUUUUAAAAGGUUGAACGUGCGCGGUGUGGUGUACGUGCUAUACGCAACGAACGCUGUUUAAAGAAAUGGUGCAGACAUUUUACGCUGUACUUUAGUCUACAUACGCAGCACUUAGUUUUACCUUUGUUAUGGUACCGUGUAUUCACAUAUAUAAUUAAUAUCUGAAAAUGAUUGUAGACUUUUUGGUUCAUCAAAGAAAUGUGCUAAGGGGUUACAAACCUUGUGGCGAUCAACACAUUGAACUGAAAGUAUACUAGCUACACAUUCCAAAUUGUAGCCUAUUGUAGCGCGCACCCUCCAUAUGGACAAGGCAAAGCGCGAAACUUUAAACGCGAUUAUAAAAACUAGUUGACCGAUUUGCAAACUUUUUUUAACUUUUUGUAUUUUAAAUCUCUAGAUACUGAACGGUUCACUUUUCAUAAAUCAAUGCAUAGUUGACUUAAAAAAAUAUUUUGUUUCAAAACAACGACUUUUUUUCCUUUAAGAGAGCCGUUAUAUACCUCGUAAUUUAAAUACCUACGAACAAUUUAAAAGACAAGUUUUCAAAUCGCUACUUGACCGAUUUUUAAGAUAUCGCGAUCACCGUAACGG